GGAGAAGGCGCACGUUUAUAUGACGAUGGACGGACGUAUUUCUAUGGCAGGAUUGAAUGGUAGGAACAUCGAGUACUUCGCUAAGAGUGUGGAUGCAGCAGUUAGAGGUGACUUGUAGACUGUCGAGAAAUAGAAGUUCCUUUUUUGGGUUGUGUUGAUCCCCUCGUACGUCGCGUGCUUCCUUGUUACAAAGUCCGAGGAUGCAGUCCAACGGAAUUCAAUUACAUAUUUUUUUCGAGGUGCGGUUUGUAACUCUUUCUGCAGUUGACUCUCAUGUCCAGUCCUUCAACUCCUACAAAAUUUAUACCAGGUGCUUGGCUAGACCAAGCCAUCUCUAGUUCCUCCUCGGGUCAGACCAUCAUACGAAACGUUGACCAGGUAAUUACUGCCUCGCCCGGGCAAAGAACCCCUGAAAUGCCCACGGCGAGUACAGCGGGCGACCGUCCCCUAAGCAUCAUCGUGCCAACACCAGUGUUUAUACCACCAUUGGCAUAUUGCCCCUUCAGCACAGAUUUUUCACUUCCCCCCCUGCCAGCCUCGUACAUUGGAAAGAAAAUCUUGUCAGAUGAGCAUGCAAGCUCUAGUAUGCCAUCUACACCUGGUCUUGAUCAUACCCCAUCUUCGAGUCCCUUCUCAUCCGAUCCAAACACCAUGACAUCUCCAACACCUAGCCAUUUCGCAACCAUGCCCGUUACCCCCGAGGCACAUGAUAAUCGCGACAUUGCCACCAUAAAUACGUCUCCUUCGAAAAUCUCUCAUAUAGUUAAACCCCAAGCCAGCAUGACGCUGAUGACGGACAAACCACCGAAACUACCAGAUAAUCUAUGGGUGUCUACUGGAACCAACUGGCUCAGCGACCUUGGUGGAAACACAGAGACAGAUCGCAUAUUCCGCAACGCUCUCUUCGGUCCAAUUCCCUCCCUAAGCCCCCAAAGUAGCCCACUCACCUCGAGUAUUGCAUCCCCCGCUUCCUCUUUUCCCGCAGCACUCUUACCGAGCAUGUCCACAUCCCUCAACAGUACUCCAAUUUCAUCUCCCUCUGCACCGUCUUCUCUCAAUUGUAUGUCUUCAGCCUAUUCGCCAACUACAGCACGCCUGGCAUUGUCACCGACCUCGACUCCAGCCUUUCCCUCUAGCAUUGAUAGUUUUGAGCGAUGGCGCGAAGAUGUUACAAUCCAGACGAAUAGACAAGAGACCAUGCCAGAGACUCCUUCUGUAUAUGAUGACACUGGCUCUAGUGCAGAGCACACCGAACGCACGAGCCAGCCUCCGCCUGGCUUAGAUCAGAGGGUGGUGAAUCCACAUGCACCGCCUGCAAUAAAGUCAAAAACAUUCAUGCAGAAGGCGAAGAAAAUUGGCGGACGCGUCAAACGCUUCGUAACGCGCGGCAAAAGAAGUAAAUGGAAUGCCGCCAUCGAAGCGGGAACUUUUGAUGGUACCACUCAUACGGGAAGCGAUGACGGGAGCAUUGUAGUCAUUUCCGCGCGUUCUCCGUCAUACGACACGCGCCUUUCUCCGCCCAUCUCUCCACAAAAUCCUCAGCAGUACAGGAGAUCUAUGCCUAUGGUCUCUCCGCAUUAUGUCCUCGUUAGAGAGCGUGUCUCAGCCAUCGCUGAGGGAGCCGUUGAGGUACCUCGUACGGCGCCUCCCGCAGACGCAAGGGGACUUCCAGGGUCCAUUGUCUCGAGGGUUCCUACUCGCCGUUUUUCUCUCGCAGCGUUCUCAAGUCUCGCAUCGCUCAAACGACCAUGAGUGGGACUCGUCCAAUAUUUUUAUUCCAUCGUAUUUGAGGUUAGAUGCAUUGCAUGUCCAUGUU